AUGCUGCAUCUCUUUAAGCUUCAACUUGUGAUCCCUGAUUGCUCUGUGGUUUUUCUUCCUUCUCUCAAGGAGGCGUUAUUCCAAGCUUAUCGUCGCUUGGAGGCAGGUGCCGCAGACUUCGUGCAAGAUUGUGCAAGCCUGCGUAGCUCCAGCAGUUCCUCAGUUCCAAUGCGCGUCCUCGCACGCAACCAGGCGGCGACCAUCCUGCAUGGGUGGGUUGUGGAGGACCGGGUCGUCCCUGUUGUGUGCGCUGCCCUGUGCCGGGUGGAGUCGGCAGAGUUGGCGGCGGCGCCACUUGCCCGAACACUGAACGGCAUGGGCCGCGCCUUGGAUUCCACGGGCACCACAAAGGAGGAGAUGGCAUCCUUCCAUGAGCAGAUCGUUCGGCGAACGGAGAACGGCAAGGCCAUGCUGAAGCUGCUGCAGGCCACGGACUUGGCCUCACGCACCGAGAGUCUGGCACUGCUACGCCGGGUCUACCCCCAGACCAGCAAGGUCCUGGGCCGGCACCUUCUCAGUGACCCACAGUCCAUUGCAGCCCUGAUGCAGAUACUCCAGGAGGCUGGAGGCUCCAGCUGGGCUGAUGCCCCAGAGGAGGCCGCUCUCUGCGCCGAAUGUGUGCAUUUCCUUCGGCUCGUGACGGCAGAGGACGGCGACGUGCGCAUGAUCAUCAUCUUCCAGGAUGGAGCUGAGGCGCUUCUGGCAAUUGCCACCCAGGCCCUGAGUGCGGCCAGCGGCUCCUCAGGCUCGGACGCGGCUUCAGCUUUCCUGGGCCUGGCCGGGGAUGCUUGCGUCUGUGUUCAGCAGCUGGUCGGGCAGGGCCCGGUCGCGCAGAAGUACAUGCGGGAGGCAGGGCACCUGGCAACCGUCACGCGCACUCUCCGCUGUGUCUUCGCCGCGCUGGCGCUGCAGGCGCCAGGGAGUUGCUCUGCUUGGACGACGGGGCUUCAGGCUGCAGCCACGGUACUGCUGGACCUCACAGGGAAAGAGGGGAAAGAGAUGGAAAGAGGGUCAGGCGUGACUUGA